UUCUCAUAUGAAAUGGAUACAUCCUAGUUUUUUUUUUGGGAUCAAUAAGGACAGGCUGGAAGGAUCCAAAACCAACCCCACUUACCAUUAUUAUUAUUAGGGAAGAAAGAAAGAAACCAACACAACACCACCCUCUCCAAUAAAGUGUAUUUCUGUACACAAAACUCUUCAGUCUUAACCAAGAUUGUAGUUGCAGCAGAAAAUUAAAAAAAAUAAAUAAAUAAAGAGCCCUUACAAAAAGCAAAAAAGAGGAGGAGGAUUGAUUUCUUUCUUUCCUUUUCUUUUUCCUUGCAGACUCUGCUAAGCAUCUUUGCCUCCUCACUUUUCCAUUCUUUUAUCUCCUUCCCACUCCUUCACCCCUCUUGGGAAUUUUCUCUUUUUUUCCAACCAAAUUAUCUUGGUUUGAGCCUCUAACAUCCCAUCUUAUAUUCCCCCCUGUCUGCCACAAAUUGCUUCUUCUUUAGGUGAAUUCUAGCAAGUUUUCAUUCCCUCACUCACAAAAGUUCUCUUCCUUUUCUCAAUAUUCUACACUCCCAAUUUCAAACCCCCCCUCUCACAGUUACAAGACUGCAUGCCCUGAUCUCCUUUCGGGGUUCCAUUUCUUAGCUUGCUCACCCCAGAAAAGGCCAAAAAACAAAAUCCAGUUUUGGAAGUUCCCCUGAUCUAAAAAUCUGAGCUUUUUGGUAUUUUUGUGUGGUGUUGUGAAUUCUGUUUCUGGGAUUUUGUUUUCAUGGGACUGUGUCAUGGAAAACCCAUUGAAACCUCACAAAGUGAAGGUGGGCACCAUGUUUUCCCUGGCGAGAAGGAGGUGGUGGCGAGUCCCAAAACCACCACAAAAGGUUCAAAGUUUCCGUUUUACAGCCCAAGUCCGUUGCCGAGCCUCUUCAAGAACUCGCCGGCGAACUCGAGCGUGAGUUCGACCCCUCUGCGCCUCUUCAAGCGCCCCUUUCCGCCGCCGUCGCCGGCGAAGCACAUUCGGGCUCUGCUGGCCCGGCGCCACGGGUCCGUCAAGCCCAAUGAGGCCUCCAUCCCCGAAGGGAGUGAGUGUGAAGUUGGGCUGGACAAGAGCUUCGGCUUCUCCAACCACUUCCAGGCUCACUAUGAGCUUGGACCCGAGGUGGGCCGUGGCCACUUUGGCUACACUUGCUCUGCCAAGGGGAAGAAAGGCACCUUCAAGGGCCAUGAUGUUGCUGUCAAAGUCAUUCCAAAAUCCAAGAUGACAACAGCAAUUGCUAUUGAGGAUGUAAGGAGAGAAGUAAAGAUAUUGCGAGCUCUGAGUGGGCAUAAAAAUUUGGUGCAAUUCUACGAAGCCUAUGAAGACAAUGACAAUGUUUAUAUAGUUAUGGAGUUAUGCAAAGGAGGUGAACUGCUAGAUAAGAUUCUUUCCAGGGGUGGAAAGUACUCAGAAGAAGAUGCCAGAGUUGUUAUGAUUCAGAUAUUGAGUGUGGUAGCUUUUUGUCAUCUGCAGGGUGUUGUUCACCGUGAUCUGAAGCCAGAGAAUUUUCUUUAUGUUUCUAAGGAUGAAAACUCCACUCUGAAGGUCAUUGAUUUUGGAUUGUCUGACUAUGUAAAGCCAGAUGAAAGGCUGAAUGACAUUGUUGGAAGUGCAUAUUAUGUAGCUCCUGAAGUUUUGCAUAGAUCUUACGGGACAGAAGCAGAUAUGUGGAGCAUUGGUGUAAUUGCUUAUAUUCUUUUAUGUGGAAGCCGACCCUUUUGGGCCAGGACAGAAUCUGGCAUAUUUCGGGCCGUCCUGAAGGCGGAUCCAAGUUUUGAUGAAGCUCCUUGGCCAUCUUUAUCAGCUAAUGCAAUAGAUUUUGUAAAGAGACUGUUGAAUAAGGAUUAUCGUAAAAGGCUAACUGCAGCUCAGGCUCUCAGUCACCCAUGGCUCGCCAAUCAUUCUGAUGAUGUGAAGAUACCUUUUGAUAUGAUAAUUCACAAGCUUGUUAAAGCUUAUAUAUGCUCAUCUUCAUUACGCAAAUCAGCAUUAGGGGCCCUUGCUAAGACAUUAACAUUAGUGCAGCUAGCAUAUCUGAGAGAACAAUUUAAUAUCUUAGGCCCGAACAAAAGUGGGUUAAUCUCCAUGCAGAACUUCAAGACGGGUAUUUUAAGGAGUGCCACUGAUGCCUCAAAGGAUUCACGUGUCUUAGAUUAUGUGAACAUGGUUAGUUCAAUCCAAUAUCGGAAAUUAGAUUUUGAAGAAUUUUGUGCUGCUGCUAUAAGUGUCCAUCAACUAGAGGGAAUGGAAAGCUGGGAGCAACAUGCAAGACGUGCCUAUGAGUUGUUUGAUAAGGAAGGAAAUAGACCAAUUAUGAUUGAAGAGCUUGCAUCGGAACUUGGGCUUAGCCCAUCAGUGCCUAUUCAUGUGGUACUCCAAGAUUGGAUAAGACACUCAGAUGGGAAGCUUAGCUUCUUGGGGUUUGUUAGACUUCUGCAUGGAGUUUCUUCUCGCACAUUUCAGAAGGCUUGAGAGAAAACACACAUGAUUGCUAUUAUUUUUUGUCCCCCUUAUUGAUCAUAAACCUUUUGAAUGCAUGACUCAUGAGCAAACUCCAACAGCAGGUUUCUUCAUCUUGAUUGGCUUCAGCAAAGCCAAAAGCUAUAGCUUGAAGGGAGUUUGUUGCCUCUGAAGUGACUUGCAACAUCUUGAUGAGUUCUACAAACACAAAACACUUCAUCAGAUUGAUUGGUGGUGCUGGAGUUAAGGCUUGUACAGAUGAAAGUAGAGCACAGGUUGUACUUAGAACUAGUGGAACUUCCAUAAAGUGAGUUGUGUUUUCGGGUUUAUCCCAUGUGUACCCAUGGCGCACUUGUCAAUAAACUAUUUCUACUUAUGUGAACUCCUUUAUAGUAGACAUUUUUCUGUUAUCAAAAAAAAGGAAAGCUGAACAGUUAAUACUCA